UAAGGUACUCUGAUAUCAGGCUAGUAUUGUUUUUCAAAUCCAUGUUCAAAAUCUCAGCCAAACUCGUUUAUUGAACUUUGAAAUCCUUGUAGUCUUACUAUUCCUCAUCUUACCGAUUCCACAAAAUGCUUCUCCAGCCAUUAUUGGGAAUGAGACAGACAAAAUUGCACUUCUUGAUUUCAAAUCAAAACUAACUUCUGAUCCUCAACAUGUUGUAUCAUCUUGGAAUGAUUCAAUACAUUCAGCCAGUGAAGAGGAGUCACAUGUGACAAAACUCUUCAAAGGGUAAUUACAUUGGACCUUAGUGGGAUGGAAUUGGCUGGAACCUUGUCAUCAAGAAUUGGAAAUCUCUCUUUUCUUGAAACACUUCACCUAUCAGAUAAUUCAUUCAAUUCUAAAAAUACCCUCAAAAUUUGGUUCAUUGACAAAUCUCAAGAACUUGAACUUGAGCUUCAACUUCUUACAAGGGAACAUACCAUCCAAUCUUUCUAGCUGCAUAAGUCUCAUUAGUCUUGAUCUGAACCCCAAUUAUCUUAUUGAACAAAUUCCUCCACGGCUAGGGCCAUUAUCAAAGCUUCAGAAACUAUAUCUCAAUAACAACAACCUCAGGGGGAACUUUCCAUCUUCUUCUGGAAAUCUUUCAUCUCUCCAAGAACUUAGUGUGAAUUAUAACAAUAUUGAAUGAGAAAUCCCAUCUACAGUUGCCAUUUUGCAAAACUUGACAGCAUUUAGAGUGGCGUUAAACCAUUUAUCCGGUGUGUUCCCAUCUUCGCUUUACAAUAUUUCAUCGCUUCAACUUGUCUCAAUCACUCAAAAUAAUUUUCAUGGUGACCUGAGGCAGGACUUGGGGCUUGUUUUUCCAAAUAUUCAAAGACUCUAUUUAGCUGGUAACAGUUUCAUGGGACGUAUACCUGUUUCAUUAUCCAAUGCUUCAAAUCUACUCCAGCUAGAUUUAGCAAUUAACAAACUCAUUGGAUCCCUACCUCUGAGUUUUGGAAACUUAAGGGCUCUCAUUUUCCUUAAUAUCCCUUCAAAACAACUUAGAAGUGAUGAUUUGAAUUUUCUUACUCCUUUAAUGAAUUGUAGCAGGCUAAAACAUCUUGAUAUUUCUAACAACAAGUUUACUGGCGAGUUUCCAAGAUCUAUUGGCAACUUAUCAUCCAAGUUGAGUUGGCUAAACUUUUACAAUAACUCUAUACACGGGAGCAUUCCUGCAGAGUUAGAAAAACUUGUCGGUUUAAACACGGUAGGGACGGGACUAAACUUCUUGACAAAAUAUGGCAUGGGAGCUGCUGCACCAAGAUGGGGAGAUGUCUAUAGCUAUGCUAUUGUCUUGUUGGAUCUGUUCACUGGAAAUAGUCCUGUUGAUGAAACAUUUCAAGAUGGUCUCAACCUUCAUAACUUUGUCAAAUGUUCGUGUAACAUCCCGUAUGGUUACGUUAAGAUGCGCCACGAGUUGAUCAGUAUGGAUUCAGAGGAUUAA